AGUUCUGGUUCCGCCGAGGCGAUCAUUGCUACAGUUCGGUCUGCGUCACGGUCGGAGGUCAUUAAGGCAAGAUGCUGCGGAAUUUGACGGCUCUUCGUCAGAUUACCCAGAGAACCAUAAGUACUGCUUCUCGCAGGCAGUUUGAAAAUAAGGUGCCAGAGAAACAAAAACUAUUUCAGGAGGAUAAUGGAAUUCCAAUACAUCUAAAGGGUGGGUUGUCUGAUGCCCUCCUGUAUAGAGCCACUAUGAUUCUGACACUUGGUGGAACAGCAUAUACCAUAUAAGAGCUGGUUAAGGCUUCAUUUCCCAAGAAGCAAGAUUGACUUUAAUUUAUUACCCCAACAGUCAAUUGAAAAAAUGGACCACUAAUCUGAGUUCUUUGGGAUCAAUAUUUAUUAACUUGUACUUAACUGUCACCAAUAAAUCAAUCUUUACCAUUAAAAAAAAAAAAGGACAAA